AUGAACGAGUCUAAAGGGAAAUCCCCUUUGACUUCGCGUUCUAACCUAACAAAAAUAAGAGGGCUACAAGAUGUUGAAUCAAUUCCAAAGAAAACUAAUAAACAAGACUCGUUAUUACCUAAUGGAUGGUUUUAUGAUGAAACAAAACAAGAAGACUUUUGGAAAGACAUGGAAAAUGAAAGAAAUCCAAUCAAUAUGGAAUCACUAGAACUACAAAAUAAGAAAACCGAGAAUAUCAACAAUAUAGGCGAUAGUUCUAAGAAAAUUAAUUCGAUACUCAAGUCAUUUGAUAACAUUGAUGAAGACGUGUUAGUUCAAAUGCUAGAAAUAUCACCCGAAAUGAAUCAGAAUGGCGAUGUAAACACAGAUGCAAUUCUUGAUUCAACAAAAACUCAAGUUAUUCAAUAUUGUCAAGAUAUGUUAGAUGUAAAAAAGAGUCAAGAUACAUUAUUCGGUUCUCUUAAGAAAUGGUUUCAAGUUCUUGAAAAAAACGAAUUAUUUUACAAAAAAGAAUAUGAAAACACACAAGAUGAACCAGAUAUUCAAGAAGUAUUUAUGCAAUUCGACCAAAUAAUGUCAGAAUUAUCCACAAAUUCAGAAAAAAUUACGUAUAUUCAUCAUGAUAUUACAGAUACAUGGCAAAAACAAGCAGUUGCUCUGAAGAAAGAAGUAAUACAGAAAGAUAUACAGAUCCAUCAAUUAACAGAAUCAAUUGAACAGUUAAAUCAAUUAAAUAAGCGAAAUGCAAAGAACAAAAAGCUCCAAAACGAGAAACUCAAAGAGAACGAAAUCAAACAGUCAAUGCUAGAUAACUACAUCAAACAAGUUGAAGAACAAAAAAAUCAAAUUACAAAAUUAAAACAACAGCUGUUGAAUCUGGAAGCAUCACGUGCAGCAAAUAGUGUUAAUUUCAAUUCAACACCAAGUUCUUUUGAUCCAAACCAAACAAAUGUCGAUCAAAUUAAAUUAGAAUGCGAAGCUAAAGUAACAAUGCUUAAACAGAGAAUACAACAACUAGAAGAGGAAUCACAGACAUUCAACAACAAAAUACAAGCAGAAAGACAAAUCCAAAAAACAAUUGAAAAAGAAUCAAAUUUAAAAACGAAGAAAAUCGAAGAAAUGGAACAAGCAUUGCAUAAAUACAUCGAACUUCUACAACUAGAGAAAGAGAACAACAUGAAUAACCAAAAGAUACAGCCGAAAGAAGAGAAGAAUGAUGUAAAUGUUGAUGAUUUAUAUUUGCAAAUUGCUCAGUUGAAAGAAGGAAAUAAAGAGAUAGAAAACAAGUACCAAAUCGAGAUGAACAACAUUAAAGAAAUAGAAAGACAGAAAGCAGCACAUGAAAGACAAGUCCUUAUAGCAGCAAUGAACUCUAAAGGAACAGAAAAGAAUGAAAUAAUUCAAGAAAUUGUGAAAAAUUAUGACAAAAAAUUUGAAACACAAAAACAAGAGUUCGACAAAAUCAACACAGAUAUUUCGAAGAAUUUAGGAAAUAGAAUUUCUUUGUUAACAAAACAAUACGAACAAAGAAUCAAAGACUUAAAUGAAGAACACACAAAUGAAAUGAUAACUUUACAAAAUACUUUAAAUUACAACAUCAGAAAAGCAAAAAUAGAAAUAAAUGAAGAGUUCAACAACAAGUUACAAGAUUUUAUAAGAAGAAGUAAUGAACAAGAAGGCCAGUAUAAGAAGACAAUACAAAAUCUACAAGAUAAUAAUCUAAAUCUUAAAAAUCAAAUCAAAAAUUUGUCAGAAUUUAUUGAAAAAGUGACAGGAGAACAACCAAAGAUUAGUUUAACAGAAGAACUACAUGUUACGAAAUCAUUGGACUUAACAAGUGAUUUAGAAUCGAAAUACAUGGAAGAAUAUCUACAAAAAAUCAAAAAUGAAAAAGAAAUUUUGCAAGAAAACUAUGAAUGGCAAAUCAAACAAAAUAAAUUAUAUUAUGAAGAUUUACUUAAAAAAGAACUUCAGAAAAACGCUGCAGAACAGAAAGCUCUUCUUAAAAAUGUCAUUGAUUCUCUGUCUACUGUUAAAAUGGAAGGAGAAAACCAAUUAACAAUUUCAAAAGCAAUUGAUGAUGCUUCGAAUGGAUUAGUUAAAUUAAAUGAAACAGAAAUGACUAAAGUUGACACAAAAGAAAUGAUUCCUGUCGAAGAAUCCAAUAAAAGAAUUAAAAUCUUCACAGACAGAAUUUCUCAAUUGACUUUGCAGUUGAAUGACAAAAAUGAUUAUUCAAAGGAAAUCGAGAGAUUAAAUAAAAAAGUUGCGUUUUUGGAAAAUCUCAAAAAAGGUAACAAAAAUCAAGAUGAAUUUCUGCAAAAAAUGAAUGAAAUGGAACAGAGUCUAAGAGAAGAACUCAGAGAGAAAGAUGAAUUGAUCAAAGAAAUGCAAAGAAGUGAGGAAUUAAGAGGUUUGUUUUACGGAGACAUGUUUGACACAGAAAUCUUUUCUCAUUCCCCAGUAGAUGAAUACAUUACAUUGACAAAGAAUGAAACAAUAACAAGGAGUCAGCCAGAGAUAAUAUUGAAACAGGAAACUGAUAGUUCUCCUCUAGUUAAAACGAAAUCAAAUGAAGUUUUAAUCAAAGAAGAAGUCAUUGAAAAGAAAUUUGUUCCUGCAAAAAUAAAAGUUGUCAAAGAUGAUGAGACUAAAAAGGAAAUAAGAACAAUCGCUGUUGUAAAGAACCAAGAAAAAGAAGUUGUCAAAGAAAUUGAUGACAAAACACCAAUCAAACCAUCAGAUCUAAUUGAUACAAAAGUAACAGUAAAAGUCAAAAAAGAAAGACCAAAAUUGGAAAUUUCUGAUGUUUUGUUUAGUUUACAUAAACCAAGAAGAUAUGAAUUGUUUAUUGCUCCAGGAAGUAGAAUGGUUCGUCCUAAGAUAACAUACAGUGAGUUGUUUGGUUUGAUACCUGGAAAGAAGCCUCCAUUAAUGGUAUUAAGUGAUGAUUGGUCUAAAACUGUUUUGGAUAAUCUCCAAACAACUCUCAAAAACAUUUUGUUGGCUCAGAAAGGUGUUGCUGAUGAUGAUAAAGCCAAAGAAGACUUUUUGGGAACAAUGAAAGUAGCUUUGAUUGAUUCAAAUGAUAGAAUCAUCGUCAAUGAUAAAGAUUUUGUUACACGGAUCGAUAAAAGAAUUGAAGAAAUGAAUAAAGAACAAAGUGAAGCAAAACAAAAAACAGAUAGUUUAUCAAGUGAAGCAAUCAAACCAACAAAUGAAGUUCCAUUUAUGGAAGACAACAGUUAUAUUUACGAACGACCAGCUCCCGAACCUUUGAAUUUAGAUUUAGACAUAAAGGAAAUAGAUCUUGAAGGUGAUACUUUUACUUCUAGUGUAAAUGUUUGCUCGGAAAUCAUUAGAUUUGUUAGUAGAUACAAAGAGAAUGAGCAGUACAUUAAAAAUGUUUUGGAUGGAGAUCUUUCUGCUUUCGAAAUUUACUUGACAAAUCACUUCAAAGAAUUUGACCAAGUUUGUCAUAAUUUCCUUAAAAAUUGUUUGGAAUCAAACAACUGUUAUUCAAAGAAUAUAACUCAAGCAAAUGAUCUACAGAGUUUAUUAAUGAAACUCUUGAAACUUUGUCAAGUUUCUAAAAAGAAGAACAUUAGUUUGCAGCAAAAAGUCACUAAUUAUGAAGCAACUUUGCAACAACAAACUAUACAAAUACAAGAAGGAUUAAUUGACAAAUUAAAGGAUCAAAGUGAGAAAACAAAUAAUGAAGAAGUCGACAAAAUGAUGAAGAUUAAUAAAAUCAACGGAAUUCUCGAAGCAAUUGAUAGUUUUGGUUUGGAUUUCAAUGAGAAUGAAGUAACAAAAUUAGAAACAUUAAAGCAAAAAGUUUCACAACAAGAAGAUGUUGAUAAUUUGUUAGAUGAAACUGAAACAUUAAUUAAAGAAAUCAAGCCUCUUUUCUUGAAGAAAGAAAAAAUAAACAUGGAAAAUGAAAUGACAAAAGUUACUGACUUGAAUCAAGUUCUUGAUCACAAGUAUAAAAAGUACAAACAUGGAUACAUGGAAGUAAUUAAUGAACUGAAACAAGUUAAAGUUAAAAACCAAAAUUUGGAGAAAAGAAUUUUGGCUUUGAAUGACAAAAUCAAAGAAGAACAAACUUCAACAGAGAAUUCGAUUUCAUUUUACAAGACACAGUUAAAUACUUUGAACAGAAUUUUCGAAAACUUAACAGAUGAAAAGAUCAAAGAAAACUUUUCUAAAACUCCAUCCGAAAUCACAGAAAUGAUUUUGAAACAAAUCAAUGACAUGAAAUCAUUGAUUAAUUUAAACAAGAUAGAAAACGAGAAUCUUAAGAAACUAAAUGAACAAAAAUCAGCACAAAAUUCUGAUUUCGAAGAAAUUCAACUCCUCAAAGAAAAAAUUCAAGUUUUGGAAGAAGAAAAUAAAAAUUUAACAAGUUUACAACAGAAAAGUGAUAGACAAGCAUUAUUCCAUGAACUUGAUCUAGACAAAAUGAGAAAAGAGAAUGAAUGUGAGCAAACAUUGUCACAGAACCAGAAGAAACAAAUUGACGAAAUUCUUUCUGAAAAUCAAAAUCUCAGAAACGAAAUUCUCGAAAAAGACAAAAAUUUACAGCAAUUAAAGUUCACUUUGAGACAAAAGGAUGAUCAAAUAGAUGAACUCAACAUAAGAAUUGUUUUAGGAGCUUAUCAUGAUACAAAAACAAGAAUAUCAGAAGGAAUUCAAACAACUUUAAGAAUUAUUUCAAGAAAAAGUGACAAAAAUAAAGUUGCAAAUUCGAAUCAAACCGAAAAUCCUCAAAAAGAUGUUAAAUUCGAAAAUGAACCAUAUUAUUACGAAGAUGUCGAAAUGGACAAUGGUCAAUUCCUCAGAAGUGGUGGAUUUUCAUCAGCUUCUUUCACAGAUUCAUCAGCAAUUUUCGACAGUGUUCAAAAAAGUGAAUCCGAGAAAAGUAACACUUCACCAUUACCAAUGUCAUCAAUUUUAGCAAAUUCCAAUGAUAAUGUAAAUGAUUCAAUGCCUAAAUUCCAUUUGAAUUUGAAAACAACGAAGAGUGACAGUCAAGAACUGUUACAUGAAGAUUCAGUUGAAUGGGUAAAUUGCGAAGAAGAAAAUCCAGAGAUUUAUGAUAAAUUCAGUGAAGAUUUGAUUGAUAAUUCCAAUGAGAAGAAUAAGGUAAAUGAUAUCACAAAUGAUAGUAUCCAAAUUAAUGUCCACAAACCAUUAAAUUGGAAGAUUUCCGACAAUGAAAAGAGGAAAUCAAUUUUAGAACAAAUUUCUGAUUCAAAUAAAAGUAAAAUUAAACGACCAAUGACUUCUCAUCUCCAGAAACCACGUAAGCCAUCAAUACAGCUUUCUAAAGGAGACCAAGACAAAUUAAUGAUAGGUGAAGUAAGUCCAGGUGUCCGACCACUUAAAGGAUACACAGGAAAAGUUACUCCUCCAACACAAUUCAAACAGAUCUUGAGAAUGAAAUCUACUCCUCAUCCUCAAAAUGAUUUGGAAGUUUCUCCAAUCAAAUCAGCAAGAAUUCCUAUUGAUAGUGAUAAAAAAGUCACUCCAACACCGAAAACAUCGAGAACUUCUUUAUCAGAGAAACCCAAAACAAACACUGCCAGAUCGAACUAUAAAAUGGACAAUGAAGUCGAGGUAGAAACAAUAAGAAUUACUAAUGUUCAAAUAGAAAAAGAGGAUGAAAAGAACAAAGAAAAGAAGCCACCAAUUGUUUCUUCUCCUUCUUUCCCUCAGUUCGAGAAAUUCGAGAAAGUUCCUUUGACUGUAAGAAGUGCACAAAACUAUAAUUACAACAGAGAAAAGGAAAUUAAUGAGUUCAAAGUUUUAAUACAAAAACUGAGAGAAACAAUAAGUAGCCAGAAAAAGACAAUCGAUCAAAAUGAACAACUUUUGAGUGAACUGAAAAAGAAACUCAACGAACAAUUAUCUAAAAACCAGAAGCUGCAAAUUGAAAUUGUAAAGAGUGAAGACAAAGCUAGAAGAAGUCAAAUCAGAUACGAUAAUUGCAGCCAAAGAUUAGAGAUAGCAAUGAACCAAAUUUCAUUGAAAGAAGAAGAAUUGCAAAACUUGAAGAGAGAGCUGAAUAAAUUGAAAUCAUUGACAGCUCCAACAAUUUCUGCUUUCGAUAGAAUGAGGAAUGCAAUCAAAGAACAGAACAAAUUGAAGAAAGAAAACGAGAUGAAUAAGAAGAUUGAAGAUAUGGUCAACAAAGAAAUGAAGAAUUCCAAUUCAAAUGAUGUUCAAAGUCAUUUGGCAACUUUGCUGCAAAACACUCAAAAAUCAGCACAAAGAAAUGAAGCAAAAUGCAGAAUGUGGAGAAACUAUGAGAAGAAACAGAUAACUGCAGCUUUAGCAGCUUUAUCUCUAAUUGAUAAUGGAGAUGUCGCUGAUAAAGUUACUCAAUUCGUUUUAUCAAACGAUAAUGCAAAAUUAUUCGACUUGUGGUCGAAAAGAAAUGCAAUUAAAGCAUUCGAAAAUGAACAACAACCUUAA